ACUCGCUCUUUGUCAGUCGCUUUUUCCCGUUGUCCGUUGUUAAACCGGCGUAACGGCGUUGUUGUGUUGUUGCAAGAACUGAGUGAGAUAUCUCAACUUAUUUAACGAGAGCAAUCGUCUAUUUCUUGAUACUUGGCGUUUAAAAGUUCGACUUUUUGAAGCGUGGUUACCCUCUCAAUCGACAUGUCGAAAUCAGAGGAGGAAAGUAGCCCUAUGGAAACUCCAGCUGAUACUGGCGAAAAUUCUCAAACAGAGUCUUCAUCCCGAUCAUCCCUUUCUAAAGGCAAAGAUGACUUUGACAAGAAAACGGAAGUGGACCGUAGCAAGAGGUUUGACUAUCUCUUGAAACAAACUGAGCUUUUCGGUCAUUUCAUGGCAGCUCCAGGAACCAAAGCUCCAUCAAGCCCCUUGAAACUGAAACCAGGAAGACCCCGCAAAGAAAAGAAAAUAGCAGAAGCGGGAGAUAACAGACAUAGAAAGACUGAAGAAGAAGAAGAUGAGGAAUUGAUGGAGGAAGUCAAGGCUGCUGAGAAAGCUGCCCUUGUUACACGCUUUGAUACAUCACCAUUUUACAUCAAAGGCGGUGAGAUGAGGGACUAUCAAGUUCGUGGUCUCAAUUGGAUGAUUUCAUUGUAUGAAAACGGCAUUAAUGGUAUUCUGGCUGAUGAGAUGGGUCUGGGAAAAACCCUUCAGACAAUCUCUUUGUUGGGAUACAUGAAGCACUACCGCAACAUUAAUGGACCUCACAUGGUUAUUGUACCAAAAUCAACACUUGCCAAUUGGAUGAAUGAAUUCAAAAAGUGGUGCCCCACCCUUCGUGCCGUGUGCCUCACUGGAGAUCAAGAAACAAGGGCCAAUAUCGUUCGCGAUGAAAUCAUGCCAGGUGAAUGGGAUGCAUGCGUUACCUCCUAUGAAAUCGUCAUGAAAGAACGAGCUGUAUUCAAGAAGUUCAACUGGCGAUACAUGGUUAUCGACGAAGCACAUCGUAUCAAAAACGAAAAAUCCAAACUUUCAGAAAUUGUCCGCGAGUUCAAAACAUCUAACCGUCUACUGAUCACCGGAACACCUCUUCAGAACAACUUGCACGAACUCUGGGCUCUACUUAACUUUCUUUUGCCAGACAUCUUCAACAAUUCAGAGGAUUUCGAUGAAUGGUUUAACGCCAACAACUGUCUUGGAGACGAUUCUCUGAUCCAUCGUCUGCAUGCCGUUCUACGACCUUUCCUUCUCCGUCGUCUUAAGGCCGAAGUAGAAAAACGACUGAAACCUAAGAAGGAAGUUAAAGUCUAUAUCGGCCUUAGCAAGAUGCAGCGUGAGAUGUACACCAAGAUUUUGAUGAGAGAUAUUGAUAUUGUGAAUGGUGCCGGAAAGUUGGAAAAGAUGCGUCUUCAAAAUAUUCUUAUGCAGCUUCGCAAAUGUUGUAACCAUCCUUACCUGUUUGACGGAGCUGAACCUGGGCCACCCUACACUACCGAUGAGCACAUUGUUUACAAUUGUGGCAAGAUGGUUAUCUUGGACAAACUGUUGCCUAAACUGAAAGCCCAAGGAUCUCGUGUGCUUAUUUUUAGCCAAAUGACCCGUAUGUUGGACAUCUUAGAGGAUUAUUCCCUCUGGAGAGGUUACAAUUACUGUCGUCUCGAUGGCAGCACUCCUCACGAGGAUCGACAUCGUCAAAUUGAAGAGUAUAAUGCACCAGACAGCAAGAAGUUUUUAUUUAUGCUUUCUACUCGUGCUGGAGGUUUGGGUAUUAACUUGGCCACCGCUGACGUUGUCGUACUUUUUGACUCAGAUUGGAAUCCUCAAAUGGAUCUUCAGGCUAUGGAUCGAGCCCAUCGUAUCGGUCAGCUGAAGCAGGUUAGGGUGUUUCGGUUCAUCACAGACAAUACAGUGGAAGAAAAGAUUGUUGAGAAGGCCGAAGUGAAAUUGCGUCUUGACAAAUUGGUUAUUCAACAAGGGCGAUUACUUGACAAAACCAACAGCGCCCUCAACAAAGAUGAAAUGCUCAACAUGAUCAGACACGGAGCAGAUCACGUUUUUGCCUCCAAAGACUCCGACAUCACAGACGAAGACAUAGAAUCUAUUUUAGCCAAAAGCGAAAACAGAACACAAGAAGUUGCUGAACGUCUCGAGAAACUCGGAGAAUCAUCGCUCCGUAAUUUCACUUUGGACGCCCCAACAGAGUCCGUCUACCAGUUCGAAGGCGAAGACUAUCGAGAGAAACAAAAGUCGAUUGUUGGUGCCUGGAUUGAACCGCCUAAACGUGAGCGUAAGGCCAACUAUGCCGUCGAUGCAUAUUUUAGGGAAGCUCUUCGAGUUACAGAACCCAAAGCUCCCAAGGCUCCUCGACCACCUAAACAACCCAUCGUGCAAGACUUCCAGUUUUUCCCGCCACGGCUAUUUGAGUUGCUUGAUCAAGAGAUUUAUCAUUACCGUAAAACGGUCGGCUACAAGGUUCCACGUAACCCUGAGCUGGGAGCUGAAGCUGCCAAAGUCCAACGAGAGGAACAAAGGAAGAUUGAUGAAGCCGAGCAACUAACGGACGACGAGCAGGCGGAGAAGGAAAGUCUUUUAACUCAGGGUUUUAUAUCGUGGACGAAGCGGGACUUCAACCAGUUUAUUAAAGCAAAUGAGAAAUAUGGCCGAGAUGAUGUUGAAUAUAUGACAAAAGAAGUUGAAGGUAAAACCCCAGAAGAAGUGAUGGAAUACAGUGCAAUUUUCUGGGAGCGAUGCCAUGAGCUGCAGGAUAUUGAUCGAAUCAUGGCUCAAAUUGAGCGCGGCGAAGCCAAAAUCCAACGCCGGACGUCGAUCAAGAGAGCUCUCGAUACUAAGAUGUCAAAGUAUCGAGCACCGUUCCAUCAAUUGCGCAUUGCUUAUGGAACUAACAAAGGCAAAAAUUACACUGAAGAAGAAGAUCGCUUUCUGGUUUGUAUGCUGCACCGUCUAGGGUUUGACAAAGAGAACGUGUACGAAGAGCUGCGAGCCGCUGUUAGAUCUGCUCCGCAGUUCCGCUUCGAUUGGUUCCUUAAAUCGCGCACAGCUAUGGAGUUGCAGAGGCGAUGCAAUACUCUAAUUACCUUAAUAGAAAGAGAAGUUCAAGAGUGGGAGGAAAAGGAGAAAGUAGACAAGAAGAAGCGUGGUCCGAAGACCAGCAUUGGAUCUAAAGUUGAAGCAACUCCGAAAUUAGAGGACGAUGGAGCCAAAAGUGAAGCAACGCCUACGAAGGGCUCCAAACGCAAGAGCGAAUCAGCGGUUGGUACACCGGAAACAAAAGGACGAGGAAAGAAAAAGAGAACUUGAAGUGUCAAUCUCGCUAAUAAUAUCGUAAAACAAAUUUCUGACCGACGGAACGAACAUUAUUAAAAUGAUUCUUUAAAUGAGCCAUUCCUGCUCCCUUUCUUUUAAAAUUUCUCAUGGUAUUUACCGAUUCGAUUAAUGUACGAUUUCGUGACCCAAUACACCUUAAAUCUGAAA